UGGCGCCUGGUUCUCCCGGAAGUAGUCGCGCGCGGCCGACAGCCCCUCCCUUUCCUGCCGUCGCCUCAGAGAGCAAUGGCGAAGAUCAAGGCACGCGACCUGCGCGGGAAGAAGAAGGAGGAGCUGCUGAAACAGCUGGAUGACCUCAAGGUGGAACUCUCCCAGCUUCGCGUCGCCAAGGUGACGGGAGGUGCUGCAUCCAAACUUUCCAAGAUCCGUGUUGUCCGCAAGUCCAUUGCCAGAGUCCUCACUGUCAUCAACCAGACACAGAAAGAGAACUUGAGGAAGUUCUACAAAGGUAAGAAGUACAAGCCUCUGGAUCUGCGACCGAAGAAGACCCGUGCGAUGCGUCGUCGGUUAAACAAACACGAGGAGGGUUUGAAGACCAAGAAACAGCAAAGGAAAGAGCGUUUGUACCCACUGCGCAAGUUUGCAGUGAAGGCAUAAUGUUCAGAGAUGCCAUUGAUUAAAACCUUGGUCUAAAUUUCUAUCA